AUGCUGCUCGAUAUUUGUUCAGUUUUAGACUCUGCAAUAGUGGGAAACAGCAGAAAUUACUUGAGGAUUUUAAGAGGCUGGCUGUCGCCUGUGGCACAAAGCGUGAAUUCCGCCUGGAAGCGCUGUUGGCGUGCAACCGUGGACGGCUGGGCUGCAAGUACAUUUCACUCGCGAUGUGAUGGCAAGGGCCCGACUGUAACAAUAAUAAGAGUCGGAAGGUACAUUUUUGGAGGAUACACCAGUGUUUCAUGGGGUAAGUGGACAUUAUGAACAGGGAUAAUCUUACUACGGUUACUAGCUUUGUUAUAAUGCUAAAAACAAAGUUACAUAUUGAGGAGUAUGAAAAUAACGCGGCCUUUGGAUACACUGAUAAAAAGCGUUGUUUUUAUGGAUCUUGUUCUAGCCUUGCUCUACCUCUUUCCUUCGCAUCCCAUCCCCAUUCUCUCUCCAAGUGUGAUGAUAUAUUUAAAGCAUAGACUGAAUAUUUUCUGAAAUGACAGUGUUGUUUGUAGACUAAAUCAUUGAAGGAUCCGGUCCAGUCGGUGACUCCUUGACAGUGCUUAGACAUGUAACUGAGGGCGCUUACUGUUUUCAAUUUCUUACCUGUUUCAUUCUCCAAAUGACCGGUUCCGGUGACCAUUUUUUUGUUGGUGAUCGCCCAUAUUAUGGCACCGACCUCUUUAGGGAGGUAUUAAAAAAACAAUUUUUAUCCUGUGUAUUUGAGAGACAGAGAAAGGAUUACAAAUUUAGAUGUAACUUUCAAAUUGAAAGGAGUAUUACGAUGGAAAGAUUAGAAAUAUCUUUAAAAAGCCUAAAAUUGAUGGAAAGAGGAUUAGGGGCAUUGCGAAAUCACUAGAUUCAAACUAACUUUGGAAGGGUGAAAAAAAUAAUUUAAAUGACCACGGAUUACUUAGGUUGAGCUCUACAAAAAAAGAAAGGGGGGUUCUCAAUCGCAAUGGAGUAGGAGUCGCAGCUGGAGUCGUAAUCGGAGACACAAGCCAGAGGCACCCAUGAUCUUGUCAACAACAAAAUCGAAGCUAUUAGGAUGACGGACUCAGCUGACUCUUCACUGCGCCCAAAACUUAGAAAAUGUACAUUAAUGUAAAUGGUGUUGUGGCAUUUUUUUAUUUAACAAUUAUUCCUCGAGCCCGAAUGGGCUCUAAGUCAAUAGCCCAUGAGGCCGAAGGCCGAAUGGGCUAUUGACUCAGAGGCCAUAAGGGAGAGAGGAAUAAUUGUUUUAGUAAAAUCCAACUAGUUGGUCAAAAAUAUCGAGAAUAAAAAAAAUUUAGCCAGUUAAAGCCAGACUUUAAUCCUUUUUUGCCUCCAAAAAGCCCGCGCUUUUCGCUACUAGUGGGCUAUAACAUAGCCUAGUGGUAGCUCAACCAAUCAGAACGCAGCAUUAAUGAUAGACCACUAGUUGAAAAUUUUUGUUUUUACAAAUAAAAAAGUCAACUACUACUCAAACAAGUUUAUAUGAGGAAAGUAAAUAUAUUAACAAACAUUUAUUUCGUGACUGUGUGACUCUUUGUACAUGGGAGAUGGUUUCGCAAGUGAGUAUCAAGAUGGCGUCUCUAGUGACCGCUGUUUUCCAUUUCUUUUCUCUCUGAUAGAUUCCAGCAAUAAGUAUCAGUACGACUCCAAAGCCUUUCUGUUUUCACUGGUGAACAAGCCAGGAUGGGCACCUGUUAAACUGCCUCAAACAGGAAGAUAUAGUUCUAACAGAGCGUAUUCCGUACGUUUUCUUUCAUCGUAUGGGCCCACAUUCGGAGGAGGAUUUGACAUUUACAUUUCCAACUCCGCGUCAUCCAAUAGCAAUUCAUAUAGCCAGCUUGGCCAUACUUACAGUCCACCGAGCGGGCACAGCUACGGCAGCACCUUCGCCCAAACAUUCCUGGCAGGAACUUCCCCGUUCACUCCAGACGAAGUAGAAACCUUUUACGAGUCAAACUAA